CACGAAACAUACUAACAGUAGCUUAGCUCCUAGUACAAUAUUUUUCACAAAAAAUAAAUAUAUAUAACGACCUUUGCCACUUAGCGCCACGAGCCCGACACAAUCCCAUAUUCUUUCCCUAUCGGGCUUCCUCCUAUUCGCCACCGCCGUCUACCACCAGCGCCACCGCAACCGCCACCUUUUUGCUAACAUACGCCUCUCUCUCUCUCUUUUUUAACAAUUCUGAACAGCGUAGGAUAAUUGAGGAUAUUCCGGUGACUGGUAAAAUGAUACAAUGAGCUCACCUCCACAACAAGAAAAUACACCCUCGGAUUCCAAAGACGAAGAAUCCCGCCACCUCCUUAGUACCUCUCUGCCGCAAUCAACGUCGCCGUUAAUUAACGGCGAUGCUGAUGAUGGCAGCGAAGAAGAAGAAUUUGCGUACGGAUCUGGGGAGAAGAUCCACAUCGUUGAUUUUGAUUCAGAACCGAUCGACGGUGUUGAUUACAGCACGGUGCCUCCAUUUUCAUGGAAGAAACUGUGGCAGUUUACGGGUCCUGGAUUCUUAAUGAGCAUAGCUUUUUUGGAUCCGGGGAAUUUGGAAGGAGAUCUACAAGCUGGAGCAAUCGCGGGUUACUCGCUUCUGUGGCUGUUGUUAUGGGCCACUGUUAUGGGCCUGUUGAUCCAGUUACUGUCGGCGAGAAUAGGCGUUGCAACGGGCCGGCACUUGGCGGAGCUUUGCCGGGAAGAGUAUCCUAAAUGGGCUGGGCUUUUACUAUGGUUCAUGGCUGAGGUGGCUCUGAUCGGAGCCGAUAUUCAGGAAGUUAUAGGAAGUGCAAUUGCAAUUAAGAUACUCAGUCGUGGGGUUUUACCACUUUGGGCUGGUGUGCUUAUUACUGCUUCUGAUUGCUUUCUUCUUUUGGUUCUUGAGAACUAUGGAAUAAGGAAGUUGGAAGCUGUUUUUGCUGUUCUUAUUUCGACUAUGGCACUGUCCUUUGCUUGGAUGUUUGGAGAUGCUAAACCUAGUGGAAAGGAGCUUCUAGCAGGUCUCUUGAUUCCAAAACUCAGUUCAAGGACAGUUCGGCAGGCUGUUGGAGUAGUUGGUUGUGUAAUAAUGCCUCACAAUGUAUUCUUGCAUUCAGCUUUGGUUCAAUCAAGAGAGAUUGAUACGAAGAAAAAAGGGCAGGUUCAAGAGGCAUUGAAUUACUACUCAAUAGAAUGCUCCUUUGCCCUUCUUGUCUCCUUUAUUAUCAAUUUGUUUGUUACAACUGUCUUCGCCAAGGGAUUCUAUGGAAGUGAGCAAGCUAGUAGUUUAGGCCUUGUAAAUGCAGGGCAGUAUCUUCAGGAUAAGUAUGGUGGGGGAAUGUUUCCAAUCCUCUAUAUUUGGGGUAUUGGAUUAUUGGCAGCGGGACAGAGCAGUACAAUAACCGGUACUUAUGCUGGACAGUUUAUCAUGGGAGGUUUUCUCGAUCUACGUUUGAAGAAAUGGCUUAGGGCGCUGAUUACUCGAAGUUGUGCUAUUGUGCCAACAAUAAUUGUUGCUCUGAUUUUCAAUAGAACUGAAUCAUCACUCGACGUUUUGAAUGAGUGGCUUAAUGUGCUUCAGUCUAUACAGAUCCCUUUUGCGCUUAUCCCCCUUCUGACAUUGGUGUCCAAGAAGGAGUUAAUGGGUGUUUUUAAAAUUGGGCCUACUCUCGAGAGAGUUGCAUGGACUGUUGCUGCACUAGUGAUGGUGAUAAACGGCUAUCUUUUGCUGGACUUCGUUAUCUCUGAGGUCAACGGGCUGCUGUUUGCUUUUCUGGUCUGUGCUGGGACUGCAGGUUAUAUUGCCUUCAUUUUGUACCUUAUUUCACAUGGUGGUGGCAAUGUUGCCAAUUGGUUCAACCUACUCCGCACAAAAGGAUAUAGCUAUGCUGGUCAAUGAGACAUCUAAGACUAAUAUUCCAUCAAAUCCAAAUGUCGUAAAUAGUAAUUCACGACAUGGCAGAGAGGCCAUGGCUCGGGAAGUUUGGCUACUGAAGCAUUUUUUUCACCUGAAGAGAUUCCAAUUUCAUUGUGUCCUAACUGUCAUAAUAGAUGUCCAAUAGUUGUCAGCAUUUGCUUUUUAGCUGUAGGUUCCCCAAAAUAAAUAAUGGAGCAAACUAUUCAGGACAUUGACAUCAGAUAUAGAGGAUGAGGAAAGUAUAUAUUCCGCUGGAUGAAGAUACUUCUUCAUUGCAGGCCACUUCGAUCCACAAUGUUGUUUUUAUCAAAUAGAUGCAGAUGAACUUCAAAGCCAUUGAAUUUUUGUAAGAGAAUAUUCGAUUGUGCAGUAAUGUAGUAUUUGGUUCAGCUGAUUAGAAGUGACUUACAUCAAUACAAAAGAAGUGUUUGGAUCUUUUCUUGUGAUAUACUCACUUUUUA